AUACAAUUCUCAUCAUGGGAAUGUCAGAAUUGCCAUUCGAGAUUCUUACUAAAAUUGCUGAUAACAUAUCGAUAAAUGACAGUCGUUCUUGUGCUCUAACGUGCAAGAGAUGGACGUAUCCGUUUCAAAGGACUCUGUGGAAAAACUUACGAUCUACGAAUAAGCUGUUCUUACAAUGCGACAGAAAUAUUAGAUAUAAAAUUUUCUGAUCUAUUCAGAUUCCUGCCAAACAUAAAGAGCCUGGACCUAGGAGAUAUAAGCUAUCAAGAUAUUGAACCAGAGAUAACAAGAUCAGACAAAAUAUGGAAGUCUCUGAAAAGUUUGAAGAUACAGUACAGAGGAACUCGUAGGAUACAGCCAGAAAAAAACCUACUUGGAUUUAUAAAUGCAUGCCACAUGCUCCAGGAAUUAGAGAUACUUAAUGAUGGAUCCCUAUGUCGUGUAGAGUUUGGUAUCGACGACUUUGACAACAUGCACCAAAGCUUGCAAAACCUAUCGUCUAUCAAGGCUAUAAUACAUCUCAGUUUUGACUUUUCGGCUAUGCUUGACGCAAUCCCAAAUACGACACCAGCCCUUUCCGUGACAUCCCUCGAUAUAAAUUCGAAACUAUUUGAAAACAAAACUUAUUAUAUAAACGGAAAUAUGAAUUACUGGAAUCCUUUGUGGAUGUACUAUUUUGGAUACAAGUAUCCAAACCUGCGUUCCUUAAAGCUAAAUGCUACCAAUAUAGUGGAGAUCCCGAUAAUCCCAGGCAAGAGGGAAACAACCAGAUCUCUUUUUCGAUCCAACCCCAAGGCGUUUCAACAUCUGGAAACGUUCAGCUUGACAACUGACCGAUAUUUCGAGUCUUUUGACCUUAUUUUAUGGGAAGUGCUUUGUAGAUUGAAAGUUUCUCUUAAGCACUUGACAUUAAAUGCAGCAAUAUGGAACGAAAUAGACGAUUCAUACCCAAUGGAUGUCAACAGGAUUCUACAGUCUUUUUCUGAAAAACUCGAAAGUCUUUUACUUACAGGGUUUAUGUAUAACGCUUUCAACGAAGAUACGAUUCUGGAAUUUUCCUAUUACUACCCGUUUUUGACGAAUCUUUGCAUCAGUGGCGAGAGUGUAUUACUCGAUCUGGAUAACCUGCUGGAAAAAUGUGUGGCCCUCAAGCAACUGAAAUUAUGUGGUGAAGAUUUGUACCUUGAUCCAUACACAACAACCGAGAAUCCGGACCUGGAACAGCAUGGACUGGAAAUUUUGACGUUAGGGUCAUGCUUUACAUCCGCUGAAACACUUAAUCGCAUCUCUUUCAGGUGUAGAAGCUUGAAGCAUCUGACUUUGAGUAUUGU